AUUUCAGUCUCGAGCGGAACUGUUUCGUGCUUUGGAUCUUUCCACUUGACUUCUUCUUCCCGUUGCCUCAUUUAUUCACUCCUACAAUCUCACUGACUUCUUCUCAAGCAACAUGUCUUCGUCAAGCGCCAACAACCUCCCCUUCAAGGUGGACUAUGCCAAGAGCGGACGGAGCAAAUGUCAUACCACCAAGCAACCCAUUCCAUCUGGGACACUGCGAUUGGGGGUCAUGGUCAAGAGUCGCCAUUUUGACGGAAUGCAACCCAAUUGGCACGACGCCAAGGCAUUUUUUGCCAAUAAGCGUGCGAAAAAGCGUCCUACAAGUGUCCAAGAGAUGGAUGGAUUUGACGAUUUGCGACCCACGGAUCAAGAUCAAAUCGAAGAAUGGAUUAUGGCAGCUACCAAUACUGCCAGUACCAACCAGAAACAAAAAGGCAAGACGAAUGACAAGGAGAAACAAGCCGUACGAGAUCAAGCUCGAUUAGUGUGGGAAAUUCGGGAUUUCAUCACGGGAGAAAACAGCAGCGGCGGCAAGCCCCUGCCCACUGCCACCAUCAAGGCCAUCUUGCAAGAAAAUCAAAUUGCUGUGGACAAGUCGGCCGACUUGGUCAAGCUAUUGGCGGAUGCCGUCGUCUUUGGUGUGCCUCCUGUGGGAGACACAACAGCCGGUGGUUGCUGUGGCACACGGCCCUUGAAAUUUUGUGCUCAUACCUGUCGCUACGUCUGUCAGGCACCACAAGCUUGGGGAGAAUGCUCCUACAGUCAACCGGUAGAAGACACGGUCUGCAAGGCCAUUGCCAUUCCUGCCAGUGCGGCCAAGAACAAGGCCGUCAAGGAGUGGUUGGGGCAGAUCAAAGGAGCCUGUGGAUCCGUCACGUUGCAACCGCAGAAACGUCUCUAUUUGGCCAAACAAUCCAACAACAGCGUGGCCAAGGUCAAUCCCUCUAUUUCCACUUCCAAGACAAAGAAAAAAGCACCACCGCCACCGCCACCAGCGAAAAAGGGCAUUGCCAAACCCAAAUUGAGCCGGGCCACGGUCGAUCCCGAUUGUGGAUCCAUUGCUGCCACCCAUCAUGUCUUGGACGAAGCCUUCCAUACUACUGGCGUCAAGAAUCCCGAUUUUGCCGAAGCAUUUCCCGUGGAUUUGUACGAUACCGCACUCUGUCAGACCGACUUGUCCAGUGGGACCAAUUCCCAGUACAAAUUGCAAAUCUUGGUCCACGAUUUUUUUACGGCGGGCACUGCCGUCCAUUUGUGGCGGGUCUGGGGACGCGUCGGAGGACAAGGUGGCGGUGGCACCAAGUUGGAGGCAUUUGAUUCCGUCGACAAGGCAAAGGCGGAAUUCGGCAAGCUUUACAAAAAGUACACGGGCAACCAGUGGGAGGAUCGCAAGAGGUUUGUCAAGCAUCCAGGCAAAUUCUAUCAAUUGGAUGUCUCUUAUGCGGAUAAUAAUGGUGAUGAUGAAAGCAGCAACCCCACCAACAAUGCCAGCAACAAGAAGAAGCAAGCCAAGGUGGUGGCAGGAGAUCCCAAAUCCAAGUUGGACAGGAGGGUCCAGGAGGUUGUGGCUGCUUUUUUUGACAAGGGCAUUGCCACCAGCCAAAUGAAAAGUCUCAAGGUUGACUUGAGCAAAAUGCCGCUGGCCAAAAUCACAGAACGACAACUGAAGGAUGCUUAUUCGGUCUUGUCCGAGAUUGAGAAAGUUCUAAAGCAACAAAACGACAGUGCUAUGAGAACUGGCCAAUUGCAACAGUUAUCCAAUCAGUUCUAUUCCAAAUGCCCAUCCACCAACCCCAUCUUGAUUGAUUCCAUGAAACUGUUGAAGAAUCAAGUGGAAAUGGUAGACGAGCUGAUCAAUUUGAUGGCAUCCAACAACGUCAUGAGCAACAACAGCAACAAUGGAGCUUGUGGGGCCAUGGCACCCGUGGACGAAGCCUACGAACGGUUGAAGACCAAACUGACGCCCUUGGACCCAUCUGGAGAAGCAUAUGCCAUGUUGAAACAGUACGUGGAGAAUACCAGAAAUGCGACUGUUCCUGGUGUACGAAGUUUUGGCAACAGCAACUGGGAGAGUCGAGGAUUGCGUCUGUUGGAUGCCUUCGAGGUGGAAAGGGAAGGAGAGGCCAGUCGGUUUGUCCCGUCCAAGUCGUUGGGAAAUCGCCGGCUUUUGUGGCACGGCAGUCGGAUCAGCAACUAUUCGGGCAUUUUGAGUCAAGGGCUGCGAAUUGCUCCGCCCGAAGCUCCCGUGUCCGGUUACCGAUUUGGGAAGGGAGUCUAUUUUGCAGACAUGUUGGGAAAGAGUGCCAACUAUUGCCGCACUGAUGGAUCAGCAGAGAUGUUUGUCAUGGCUUGCGACGUGAGCUUGGGCAGCACGUUUGAGACUCCUCGUGACAUGUACAUGGAAAAGCCACAGCCUGGCUCCCACUCAACGCACGCUCUCUCCGAUAUCAUCCCCAAUCCGUCAAUGGCGAUGCAAAUGACGGAUAAAGGGGACAAAAUCUCUGCCUGCAGCAACGGCAUGAGCGCCAAACAUCAGGUUCUCGUUCCAUUGGGAAAACCAAUCCAAAACACCAAUGCAUCACAGACCCUCAGCUGCGAUGUCAGCGAGUUCAUUGUCUAUGAUCAAGCACAGGUUCAGAUCCGAUACUUGUUGCGGUUGACCACCAACCCAAGAACCACGGCAGCAGAUGGAGCGGUGGGAACAAAUGUCCCGCAAGCAAGCACAGGUCCACGUAUCUUCGUGGGAGGGGUUCCGUUGGCCAGAUUGAUGCCCGGUGCAGGUAUCCCACGGAGAACUGCAUCUAGCGCCACAAGCGCAGCGGCGCACUCAGUUGCUGCCAGAGCUCGUUCCAGCGACGACGAUAGUGACGAUGACAGCACUGCUCCCCCAAAGAAGAGACAGAAAAAGUCAGUCACCUCCUUUAUCCGAUUGGACAGAGAAGACAAGUCUCAACCCUCUCGUUCUGGGUUGAACGUUUUGAAUUGCCGCACGUUUGUGGAAGGGCUUCGGCUGACAGUCGUCAAGGGUGAUAUCACGGACGCAGCCACAGAUGCAAUCGUUCUUCCAUCCGAUGGGCAGCUCAGCUUGGCCGGCAUGGUGGGAACCAAAGUCAAGCAAAAGGCAGGGCCUGCGUUUGUCACAGAAGUGAAUGCUCUACUUUCGGUGCAGACAGCGUCGCUGGCUGCAGCAACCACCCAACAAGCAGCCGCACCAGUAUCACAGCUUCCAAGCAACCUCAGACGUCUCGAAACGACAACAGCAGGAAAGACAAUAAGAGAGCUCGCCACAGACGCCAACGUGCCUUACCUGACGCCGUUCUACAAAGUCAUCAAGAAGGAAGACGUUUCCGCCACCAAGGAUAUCAUUUGUUUGGAAACAGGAGGGGCGUUUCAUCGUGGACAGGCCGCCCGCACGUUUCUUGGCAUGGCAUCUGGCAAGAAGGUGUCCAUUGCACCGGGCCAAAUCCCUGCUGGAGCUGAGGUCUUUGUGCAAAGCACAAGCCACAACCGCAAGAUUCCCAAGAACUCGGCCGUGUUGCUGGAGACUUCCGUCGCCGCCGCCCCUGCGCCUGCCCCCACCCCUGCUCCAGUGGCACAGCAACAGAGGAAGACACUAAAGACUAGUGAAGCCUGUGUCGUGAGAGGGCACGACCUUGCAGCAUCUCGAGUCAUCUUCGUUGUCUCGCCAAUAUUCAGCCAACAGCCAUCCCCGAUCGCAGCACAGAAGGCGCUCAACCUGGCAGUCAGGAAUGCGCUCAAGGAAUGUGCCCGCCUGCAGCUUGAGACCGUUACCUUGCCUAGCAUUGGGAGUGGCAGAGCUGGUUACGACAAGGGACAGGCAGCUGCCUGGAUCAUUGAUGCUAUUGCAGAUUACUUGGCGGAAGCAGGUGGCAGUCACACGAAGCGACAAUCUUUGCAGGAAGUGUGCUUUUGCCUCUUUGACAAUGAGUCAUUGGAGGCAUAUCGCUUGGGCAUUUUGCUUCAUGAGAAGAAUUCAAAACGCAGUUGAGGACGUAGCACGGAGUUGAUUCAAAUCCUAAAUUUUGGCAUGUUCAAUCUCUUCCUUUCAGCUGGCGGUCGCACCCUGCAAGAGGGCACUUGGUCCUGACGACCUGAGUCACCUUUACAUAGAAAGAGACACGAGAGUGACGGGUCCUGGCGUUGUGCAUGUACCGGUACCGGUACCGUCUCAUAAAAUCUUCCAAUAGAGUGCUUGCAGUUCCAGCGGUACCGUACGGUACCAUUACAGUGUACUGGAUGUACCAUUCUCAAUCAAGUUGAGAUUUAACACGCGUCAUUAGUUAGGAGACAAAACAAAGAGCUACUUGUAAGACUUGGCGAAACAGAGUUUUUUUGGGUGAAUCUUCGCAAAGUGAAAGUGUACCGUACCCAUAGUCUAGUCUAUGGGAAAGAAUCGAAAAACGAAAUGCUCUGGAACACCCCCGAUAAUGUCAUUUUGAAAGAUAUAAG